GGCCGGUAUUUCUUUCUUUCGACAAGACACGUUGUCCAGCUGAACGAUUUUCCGGCGUACCGAGCGCAUUUUAUUGCUGCUGUCGUGCAGCUGGCGACAAGAAAGUCUCCAAUAUCUGCACGAAAUGGGUCUCAAGGAACGCAGAAACCUCAAGGCUUCGACCUACCUGCGUUUGGCACGCCCUGUCCUUGUCAAUGGCUUGAGGCUUUUCUGGGCAAUUCUCAUUUUCUGGGGCGACUUUGGCGUCUACUUUUGGAGUUUGGCGUCCUGCAGAUGGCCCGACUCUUCACUGGCGCGUUCCAAGGAGAGGCCCACUCACGUCAUGAUAAUAUCAGAUCCUCAAGUUAGGCAUCCAUCCGUAUUUUAUGAAGAGACCUCCCGGUUAGGCUCUCUCCGCCAGCUUAUAUUCGACCUGAACCUAAAGAAGAACUGGAACGUAGCUGCGCAUUUCAAGCCCGACGUAGUUAUCUUCCUUGGUGAUAUGCUUGCCAGUGGAAAACAUGUGCGAUCAGAGAAAGAGUACCAACAGUAUUUUGACAAGUUCCGGUCUGUGUUCUCUCUGGACAGCUCAAUUGCGGUCCAUUAUGUGCCUGGGAAUAAUGAUGUUGGCAUGGGCGUCUCUCGCGCGCUGUCCAAGAAGGUCCGGCAGAAUUAUUUUAUCACAUUUGGGCCUUUCAAUCAUCAGGCAACCGUACGGGGUCAUCAAUUCUUGUUUCUUGAUGCACCUGGUUUGGUGGAUGAAGACUACCAGCGAUCGGCUGCAGGCAUCCCGUAUGAUCUUUGGGAUCCUGUUCCCGAAGGCCCGCUGGAAUUUGUUAAAUCUGUCGUCAUAGAUUCCAGCCCCGUCGUGUUAUUCACGCAUAUACCGCUCGCUCGACCGGACACUGCAUCCUGUGGUCCUCUAAGGGAAAAGGGUUCUAUCCGUAGAGGAGCCGGUCAUGGCUAUCAAAACACCUUUGGAAAACAGACUACUUCCUUCCUACUGAAGACCUUACAGCCUAUCGUUGUCUAUAGCGGAGAUAAUCGCGAUUAUUGCGACUACAAGCAUAAACUACCUUCUCCAGAUCGUGAAGCUGAACAUAAAAAUGAUAUCCAGGAAGUCACCGUUAAAUCGUUUUCCAUGGCAAGACAUAUCGAACAUCCAGGAUUCCAGUUACUCUCCCUUUCCGAUCCCUCGGCCGCCUUGGCAGCGAAUAUACCAUCGUACGCCGACGCCUCAUGCACUCUCCCUGAUCAGAAUGGGAUAUACAGUCAUGUCUAUCUCCCUCUGAUGUUCCUCAGUUUCAUCGGACUGUUUGUUUUCAACCUGGCUCGACGACGUCGAAUGAAGUUGCUCCUACCACCAAUUUCAAUAUCAGCCGGAAUGCUUCCUACUAGCCCGUCACUUUCAAACACUUGUUGGGUUCCUAUAAGUCCUACGGGCUCUCUGCCUUCUGCACUAAGGACACCUACUUCUGCUGCGGGACCAACAUUCCGCGCCGCGUCGCAUCCUGAUCCACAGGGAACGCCCUUGAACUCUCCCUUAUACUAUCCGCAAGAUAGAGAAGAAGAAGAUCCGAUGUUCCCUGUUCAAUACGCUACAAGGGAUACCCGUCUCAUGCAUGACGAGUGGUCUCCUGAGCACUCUGUCGCUACCGCUGAUUACCACACAUCUUCCGAGUUCGAGUCAUCAUCGAGCUCAAGACCUUUCUCUCAUCAUGCAUCCCGCUGGUCAUGGUCGUGGACCUUUGCUUUGUUCGGAAGGCGGAGACGGAUCACUAUCCGUCUGCCGAGGCUGUCUUGGGGUGGGUUCCGUGGGAUCCUGGCAUUGUUGGUUGAAGGACGAAAUUCAGACGCGUUUCUUUCGCGAAGGGGCGUGUUGCAGAGCACACUCGUGGAUGCCUUUAGCAUCCUAUGGCCUUCGCUACUGUUUUGGACGUUGAUAUCAUGGUGGACCUUUUGAUUGGAUAGACCUUGCAUCAUAAGUUUGUACAGCGCACCGAGGGCAUUGAGAGACAAAUUUAUAGACAUUAUUACUGGUAUCCAUAGCGCUGGUCGUGCUUCUAACAUUACUAUUGAACAUUCUAACUCGAGUGUACUCUGUCUGCGCGUACCGUGUUCGCCUUCAACAGAGACGGUAUUUGAGUGAUGCCAAAUGUCAUUACGCCGAGAACUAGAUAUAUCAGCGCAGGAAAGCAUCAAAGACCUGAAGACCCACCAUAUCCCGUAAAUUUCUCUGAAGGGGAGUGAAAAUAAGCACUCGUUGUAGCACUAGCGAAGAGCCAUAUCGCAA